AUGGAUGAUCAUGCCAGCACUAGUUUUUUCAGAAUUACUCAUCGUUUACCACGUUAUAUUGGUACCAAGCAUCCUGAAGCUAAUAUACCAACCAUUGAAGUGUCCACUUAUGGAAGUCUUCCUAUUAGCGAGUUCAUUAGUACAUCUUUGAUGUUGAUUAUCACAAACUCUUCAGAUUUUACCAGUGGUAUAUUUUCUAGUUCUUCAGCCAACAGCUCCUCUAGCAUCUGUGUUCCACUUUCUGACUACUUGUUUCUCAUUAGUCGUGGUACUUAUGAAAACAGUGACGGCGGCACUAAUGAUUCAUCUGGAGUGUUUUUCAGCUCAGCCACUGCCAUUUUCAUAGUGAUUAUUGGCGCCACUGAUGCCUGA